AUGCUUGGCGCAACAACUUGUCAACGACUUUUGCGUAAUAAUGAACACUAUUUUGCUGAACGAUGUAAUAAAAAUGCCGAGUUCAGGUUAAUACAGUGCUGUACUACAUGUAAUAAAUUUGGAAGAGCAAUGGCUUAUGAUUUAAUUGCGCGGUCUUUGGUCAGUGAACAGUGUUUUGAUCGUUAUGGAAAACAUUUUUGCUCAAGAUAUGUCAACUCAACAGAUGUUUGGUCGCCAAUGUACUGGUCGUGUGAAGGACAAAAUCCUCAUAUUGCUUUUCGAUCAUGUCGUGAAUCAUGUGGAUUUUGUGAUUUCAAAGUUGUUCAUUACACUAUUGAUAAUGCAUUAAAAGCCUGCCGCAUUGAUCGUGAUAUAUGGAGGCGACGAUACGCAUUUGGGAGUAGCAGAAGGUACCGAUAUCCAAAGAUAUACUAA